UCACCAACAGAUUCCCCAGUUAGUUUAAAGAAGGAAGUUAAAUCUCACCGCCUAAUUGGGUUAAACUGAUACUUGCCAGAAGGGAGGAGCUCCCUUUAGAAGCCAGUGUGAAAAACAGCAGCGGACAGAUAAGGAGCAACAGCAAACGAAGGAAGCAUUGCUUUACCUGCUGCACAACUGAAGCUGAGAGCCUUUCCUCUAAUCAGCUGCAGGUUUCAGCCAUGUGGCUCUACCUGGCUGCCCUGCUGGGGCUUUACUUCCUUCGCCGAUGGUACAAGGAGAGACAGACGGUGGAGAACCUGACGGAGAAAUAUGUCUUCAUCACGGGGUGUGACUCUGGCUUUGGAAACCUACUUGCCAGGCAGCUGGAUGCCCGGGGCCUUCGUGUGCUGGCAGCCUGUCUCACGCAGAAGGGGGCAGAGCAGCUGGGCAAAGCCACCUCAGAGCGCUUGAAAACCACCAUUCUGGAUGUCACCAGUACAGAGAGUGUGGCAGCAGCGACGGAGUGGGUGAAAGGGUGCAUUGGGAACAAAGGACUCUGGGGCUUGGUGAACAAUGCAGGCAUAGGGGCACCAUCAGGUCCCAACGAAUGGCUGACCAAAGAUGACUUUGCAAAGGUGAUCAAUGUCAACCUUCUUGGGAUGAUUGAUGUGACGUUGCACAUGAUGCCCCUGGUGAGAAGAGCCAGAGGGAGGGUGGUCAACCUGUGCAGCUCGAUGGGACGACUGGCCAGCUUUGGAGGUGGUUACUGCCCAUCAAAGUUUGGUGCGGAAGCCUUCUCUGACAGCCUGAGGAGAGAGCUCCAUCAUUUUGGAGUCCGAGUCAGCAUAAUUGAACCUGGUGGUUUCAAAACACCUAUUUGCACAAUACUAGAAGAGAAUUUUCAUACUGUAUGGAGCCGGGUACCUUCUGACAUCAGAGACUGUUACGGGCAGCAGUACUUUGAGCAUUGUUGCAAAUCGUUCCGACAACUCAUUGAUGAUUGCAGCGACAAGCUUCACCUGGUCACCGACUGCAUAGAACAUGCCCUGACAUCCUGCUCCCCUCGCACUCGCUACUCUCCAGGCUGGGAUGCAAAGCUCUUCUACCUUCCUGUCUCUUACUUGCCAACCACCAUUGCAGACUAUGUGUUGACCCGCUCUGGGCCCAAACCAGCACAAGCCGUGUAGAUCAUUGUGAAGAACAACAUUACAGGUGGCCAAACAAUCUAUGGAGGCAACAUUGAAUCUUUUAGGAUCCUAUUGAGAUGCAGGCUUAGUAAUCAGUAGCUGUAAAGAGAAGUGGUUUUCUUUUGCUUUAAUUCUCUACUAUUGGCUGAUCUAGGAAUAAGCCCCAUUGAACUCAGUGCAAGAUACUGUAUUGAUUUUGCAAAAUAAAACAUACAACACACACACACAAAAAGAAACACACAAGAUAUACACAGAAACACAUUGCCAACACUACAAUAAAGAAAUAUCAAAACAUUCUUCAAUCAACAACAACAAAUCCGUUUAUUGUGAGGACCAUGCCUGUACACAAAUAUCAACACAACAAUAAUUAAAAAUAUUAAAAUUCAUUUCAUACUAUCCCAACAAAACCUUCAUCCCACAAAACAGGAAGAGAAGGAAAACAAGCAAUGAGUUAAACAGACGAUGAAGGGGUCUUUACAUUGUCAUCCAUAAAUCUUUCCCUGGCUUUCAUGGCCUUCAUCACAAAAACCGCUACCGCAUGGGUAAUAUGUGGGUUUGCAUCAACUAACAAAAUUUUUACUCUAUCUUCAGGAUUGAUUAUAGAGUUGGGUAUAAUUUGCAGUAUUGCGUCUCUAAAGCCCGAGUAAAUGGGGCAAUAGAGGAGGUCAUGUAUAAGAUCCUCUUUAAUUUUCAUAAGGCAAGGGCAGAAACGAUGUUCUACUGGGGUUUUUGUGAAUCUACCGGUCAGGUAUGCAGUUGGCAAUGUUUGAAACCGCGCCAUAGUGAAAGCUCUCCGAAGGGUGGGAUCAGUGAUCUCCACCAAGUAAUCUGAGUGGACAUGCAUUGUAUCCAUAUAGUUCCUUGGAGUGGGGGAAAGAUGUGCUCCCCACAAACCAACUGGAAUCGAUGCUCACAUAAAUCUGGUAAUAAUCUAAACUAUGUGUAAGCUUUGUGCAGGUAACGUAGGUCAUCUGGAGGCCAACAGCCAGUCCCAACAUUCCUCUGUUUCACCAAUUGCCUGUACAUGUCUGCAGUAUGCAAACUCAGACAACUUUAGACCCAAAGCCGUGGGGCUAAGCAGCAAAAUGUGAGCUUAUAAAACUUGAAGGAGCAGUGCAUGGGUGUUGCGCCCCCCCCCCCCUGCUCCCUUCAACAUGAAUCUUCUGGUUAUCCUUCCCCCUUCCUUGAAACAUACCUAGAUCUGUACUAAGCAGGAAGAACAGUGAUCUUCACUCCUUUCAGUUCUGAAUGAUUUCAGCACCCCCAAUAGGCUUCAGUUCCACUGUCCAUUAAUCGACACCCACACUGUGUGUUUGAAAUGCAGCUUGGGAAGUGUAGUUUAAGGGUGUGGGGAAUUGUAGCUCUGUGAGGCCAGCUCUCUUAGCAAACCCCAGUUUUCCGAAAUUCUUCACUAGAAGCCAUGGCUAUUUAGAGGGCUUUAAAUGUAUUCCGUGGGUGUAGUGUAUGUUAAUGGGUUUAUAUUAUUAUUAUUGCUGUUAAAGGAUAAAGAAUAAUGGUUUUGUUCGUUAGACUUCAUCAUGAUGGCCCAUUUGCUUCUUGUCCCCUGAGGUAGAAUCAACAUUCUGGUACAGGUAUGGAAACCUGGCUUUCCUUUGCCUUCAGUCACCUUGGUCUAGGGCACCGAAAUUUCCCAUCCCCACAAUGACCUUUAGAAAUGAUUGCUCUGCUGAGACAACAGCAGAUUCUAUUUGCCAUCCAGCACAAGACCCUGGAAGCACAGCAGCUCUUUCAGCUUCCUGUCAGCAAACGUUUGCCUAAGACUCAUUUAGUGUUGGGCCAUUCAUUCCAGGAAGAAGUCUUAGAAAGAGUGGCUGAUAGGAUUAAUAUGUGCAAUUACAACUUUUUGGAGACUUACAGCUUUUGGCUGUAAUGACAGCCAAGCCAACGUAAAUAAAUGGAAGCGCUUUAUGUAACUUACUGGAUCAGCUGAUUGGAAGCAGAAUGAGAGUCAUAAAAAAACGGGGACACAAUUUUGAACUGCCGUAUAUGGGCAUUCAGUUUUUAAGAAGCACAUUAUGUUUCUAAUGAAUCUUUCCAGAUCCAGCAAGAGUGGGAGCAUACAUAUCUAUUAUUUCCAUCUGAAAUUACUGUAAAGCAUUGCUUAAGAAAAUGGAAGCAUGCACAAAUAUAUAAAAUUGCAGGGACAAAACAGGAAAACCAGACACAUAAAUAGAUAAAACCACUUUCUAGCUACUUUUGCCUCAUCCGAAACAGAAUGCUCAUUACAUUUUUGCAGGCGCAGGAGGAUUGUAGACUACCUUGACACAAAACACAAUAAUAAUAUAUUUCUGGAGUUACCACAUUUUGUAGGCUUGGGAGCUCUUGUGGUACAGUAGCUGGAACAGUGGAUGGACUUGAGGUGGAAAGAUUUGCUUUGAUUAGCUUUGAUUAGCCACCUGAUUUGCUUUGAUUAGCUUUGUUGUACUUCUAUGCCUCUUUUCAUUCAAAUGAAUCUCAAAGAGGCUUACAAACAAUAACUAACAGUAACUUAAAAGGUAAAGGUAAAGGGGCCCCUGACCAUCAGGUCCAGUCGUGUCCGACUCUGGGGUUGUGGUGCUCAUCUCGCAUUAUUAGCCGAGGGAGCCGGCGUACAGCUUCCAGGUCAUGUGGCCAGCAUGACUAAGCCGCUUCUGGCAAACCAGAGCAGCGCACGGGAACGCCGUUUACCUUCCCGCUGUAGCGGUCCCUAUUUAUCUACUUGCACUUUGAUGUGCUUUCGAACUGCUAGGUGGGCAGGAGCUGGGACCGAGCAACGGGAGCUCACCUCAUUGCAGGGAUUCGAACCACCGACCUUCUGAUCAGCAAGUUCUAGACUCUGUGGUUUAACCCACAGUGCCACCUGGGUCCCUUAUAACAGUAACUUAGUGAAACACAAUAUCACAAAUACUUAGCCAUGAAGUGUUCAAGGGUGAACUUGCACCUGUUCCUAACUCAUAGAUAAUGGAUGAUAAAUCCAUUCCGUGACAUUCCCUCUUAGGAUGUUAUUCUAUUUUUUUGGUACCUUGGAAAGCUCCGAGUUACCACAAUAACCUUCACCCCACUCUGGUAUUGGUGGUGUGGUUUUGCCUGCAGAUGCAUGAAUUGAAUCUAUAAGAAAGAAUGAUAUGGUAUGCACUGUGUCACAUAAAUGGGCCAUGCUGAGCAUUUGCUUUAGGAUCUAGUAAUGAUAAUGGGGGAAAAACCUAUAGCCCCAGCCUCUACCCCUUUUUCUUCAACUACACUGGUUUAGCGCUACCUUACUCCCAUUUUUGGCCAUGCCGCACCUUUUCUUUAAAUAAACAGAAGUUAUCUCAUACUGUGUAUAUUCUUGCAAAGAAGCUGGUAAAACGUGGGCUGGACGAGAUAACUGUUAGGUGGAUUUAUAUCUGGAAAAAAAGUGACAAGUGGGGUGCCACAGGGUUCUAUCCUGGGCCCGUUGUUUAAUGUCUUUAUAAAUGACCUGGAAGAAGGGAUUGAGGUGAUGCUAAUCAAAUUUGCAGAUGACACCAAACUGGGAGGGGUAGCUAAUGCCACAGAAGACAGAAUUGGGAUUCAACAUGGCCUUAAGAGAUUGGAGAACAGGGCCAAAACUAACAAAAUGAAUUUCAGUAAGGACAAAUGUUAGUUUUGGCUCUGUGCUACCCCUCCCAGAUUGGUGCCAUCUGCAAAUUUGACGCACCAACAUAAUAAGAUGGGGGACACCUAGGUUGCUAGAAGGACAUGCCAAAAGGAUUUAGGGUUCUUGGUAGACCACAAGCUUAAUGUGAGUCAACAGUAGUAUUCAGCAGCAAAAAAACCCUCACAUUAUUUAAUCCUGCAUCAACAGAAGCCUAGUGUCCUGAUUAAGAGAAGUAGUACUCCUGCUCUAUUCUGCCUUGGUCAGACCACACCUGGAGUCCUGGGCACCACAAUUUAAGAAGGAUAUUGACAAGCUGAAAUGUGUGUAGAGGAGGGCAGCCAUGGUGAUAAAGGGUGUGGAAGCCAAGACUGGAAGCUUUAUCACUAUCUGAAGGAGUCUCAAAGCGGCUAACAUUCUCCUUUCCCUUCCUCCCCCACAACAAACACUCUGUGAGGCUGAGAGACUUCAGAGAAGUGUGACUAGCCCAAGGUCACCCAGCAGCUGCAUGUGGAGGAGCGGAGACACAAACCCAGUUCCCCAGAUUAAGCUGAAUACUCUUAACUACUACACCACACUGGCUCUCUCUUUAACCUGGAUAAGAGGAGAAUGAGAGGAGAUAUUAUAGCCAUACAGUGUUACCCCGAGUUACAAACACCUCGGGUUACAAACACUUCAGGUUACAGUCUCCGCUAACUUGGAAAUAGUACCUCGGGUUAAGAACUUUACCUCAGGAUGAGAACAGAAAUCGCACGGCGGUGGCAGUGCGGCAGCAGCAGGCGGCCCCAUUAGCUAAAGUGGUACCUCGGGUUAAGAAUGGUUUCAGGUUAAGAAUGGACCUCCGGAAUGAAUUAAAUUCGUAACCAGAGUGUGAGGGGGAAAGAGUACAGAGAGCCCCCCCCCAUCCUGAGGAGCAGUUCCUCCACCAGCAGCGGCGCCAGCGGGGAGGGGGAAGAGUCCAGUGAGGAAGGAGGAGAGCGGAGACGGGGCUCUGGCAGGAUAGCAGAGCCUCUGCUGCACGAGGGAGAGGGAGAGAGAGAGGGGGAAGAGGGGGAGAAGGAAAACAUGGAAAGGAGACCCUUUUUCCCUCCGGUUCCGGAAUUACACAGGAGGAAGCGAGGGAGGAGAUUUGUGGUGCCCAGACUCUUAUGUUGGAAGAAGACACGAAACGCACCAUUCCAGGGUUCUGGGUCAGACUGAGAACAUGUGUCCUGUAUAGCUCUAGCACUGUAAAUAACCUGCACUUAAUAAAAGCAUGAAAAGGCAAAGGUCUGGAGAGUCGUUACUCUAGAGUAGUUGCAUCGCAUCCCCCGUGACACAGAGUUACCACUGUAUUCAAAGAAUUAGAAGGCUGUCACAUGGAAGAUGGAACAAGCUUCCUGCUCUGGAGGAUUGGACCUUCAGUCAUCAGGAAGAGCUUUUCCGACAGUAAGAGCUGUUUGACAGUGGAAUGGUCUUCCUUGGGAGCUGACUCUCCUUCCUUGGAGGUUUUUAAGCAGAGGUUUGAUGGCCAUCUGCCUUAUAUGAUCUAGUUGAGACUCCUGCAUUGCAGGGGGGGGGGUGUCUGUUCCAACUCUAUAAGUCUAUGAUUCUGUGAUUCUAUGUAUCCCUGAACAUGUUCAGAGUGCCUUUCCUUCAGCACACCAAAUGAAUGAGCACACAAAUGGAUGAUACAUUUUCCUAAAAGCUAAACAGAAAACACACACUUUUUGGGGUAUGCUGCGUUAGUAAACAGCCUAAAAUAUUUUAAAUGGGUAAAAUGUCCACAUUAAGAACCUAUUGAAUAUGGAUGCUUACUGUUUUUUUAAAAAUCAAUAUGUUUUUAUUAAAGAUUUCUUAGUUUA